CUCAUACUGAAGCCGGUCAGCGGUGAGUGGGCUCGUGGGCACUAAUCUUUUGCCUCUUGGCAGUUUUAGUAAGAGGCUUUCAGCGAGCGCUAUAACUUAGGUGGGCUCGCAGUGGUUCCACCGGCUUUUGCUUUGGGAAGGAUCCCAAGCAAAGUGAGACCCGCGCCCACCUUCCUGCCCACUUUCCCACACCCAUCCCAUGCCCGCGCUUCUUCUGGCUAUCCUCCUCCUCCUCCUCCUCCUCGUUCCGGAGAAAGCUUCCACCCACUCGUCUCUCUCUCAUACUCAUCGUUACGGCAUCUCUUCGUGUCAUGACCACGGCGUUCUUACUCGGUCUCGACAUGCUUGCUUGCCAAUCCGUCCUUCGAUACCGUCGCCCUUACUCGACAUUCUUCUUUCAGUAGUUGCACUCAUCGCUGGUUACUAGCCAGCUUCAACAAUCUUUAUUCCUUGCUCACCACCCCCAAUUUCGCGAUUUCCUUUCCUCUCGACUCCUCGACCGGCGCUGGGAAGAACACAUCUUACUCUAUUUUGUUCCACGCGCCGUUGUUGCUUCCUACAACUUCUCUCUCGUCCUCUUUCUUCCAUUUUCUCCUCUGUCACCUCAGAUCGGUGACCCGGCUCCCUUAAUGGCACCACCCUCGCCGCGACGGUCAUCAAGAGCCCGCGCCACCAAUUCACAAUCCCAACAGUCAUCUGUAUCCUCAAGUACGUCUGGUCGAGUUGAGCGGAAUACGAGAUCAGUCGCCAAACCCUCCUCCAACAAGUCUACACCCAGUGCCUCUUUGUCCUCGGAGCCAUUUGAAGAUCUUGACGACACCCUCCUCGGUCGAAGGCGAAAGCGCAACCACGAAGACGAAAACGACAAGACUUCGAAACCCGACAAUUUUGAAAUGGCGAAUGGCAGCGACGACCUCCCAGAAGAGGAGGACGAAGCCGUGCGAUGUAUCUGUGAUGCAGAAGAAUACCCGGGUCGCCCGCCCGUGGAAGGUGCCGACCUAGAUUUCUUCAAUGCCAUAGAAUUUACUGAAGAUGUUACCGGCUUCUUCGUUCAAUGCGACAUUUGCAAGGUCUGGCAGCACGGCGCCUGUGUCGGCAUCUUUAGCGCUGAGAGUUCCCCCGAGGAAUAUUUUUGCGAGCAAUGUCGCAAAGAUCUCCAUAAAAUAUACACUGCAAGCAACGGCCAAAAAUGGUCCAAAUAUGUCCCCCAUAACCGGCCGUCGCGCGCAACGUCUCGAGCCACCUCAAUUGCCAAGGAAGGCAAUCGUUCACCCAAGACUGGCACGAGCAAGAACUCGCGCCCAACUUCCGCCUCACAAACCUCAAAACGUCGAUCCACAAUGAAUAGUCGCGACCGAGCUUAUGAAGACGAGCAGCUCCUGCGCGCCAUUGAAGCAAGUAAAGAAGACGUCCCUCAAGAUGGACAAGAAAUUAUGACCCGACGAGCGAAGCGGGGACGAAGCGACAGUGAAGAAUCAAUCGCCGUAAAUGCUCGGCCACGGGAUGAGAAACUGGCGUCACUAAGGAACCCGUUAAGUGUAAAGCGACAGAGAACCAAUUCCACGUCACCGUCACCUCCCACUGAGCUGGUCGAGGUUCAAAGUUACAAUGAAUCAGAUGAGGAGGUUAACAUUCGAAAUGGAGCCAAGAAAGCCCGGAAUAGCAAGAACCAGCGAACCAAGACGGAGAAGGAAGACAAAGAGCGUCAGCGACAGGAAGCUGCCGAUAAAAGGAAAGGCCGCGCAGAACGGCGACGAGGAGAGGACUCUGACCCUUCAGAGGAAACACCCCCCGCCGUUGCUAAACCUCCCGCUACCAAAAGCAUCGAGACACCAGUUAUUAUGGAAACCCCUGCACUUGCGCUGCCCGUUCCCGACACACCACCUGCGAGCAACCAGACGGUCUCAAGUACCGCCAAACGCGGCGGCAGAGCUACACAUAAGAAGGGCAAAGGCAGAAACCAAUACACGAGAGAUCGCGAUGUGGAUGCUGAAUCCCCAGCACGAUCCAUGUCAAGGGACAUUCAAAAGAACGGCGAAGAACCCACCCCCACACACACGAAACCCACAAGUGAACAUCGACAUGGCAAGUCAAAGCCCGCCUUGCACCACAAGUUGAAUAUGGUGGAUAUGAAGCGGCGUGUCGGCGCGAUAAUGGAUUUUAUUUCAAGGACCCAAGUGGACCUUGCAGCGGAAGCAACCCCAGGCACGAACGGAAACGCAAGCAACGGAGAAUCAUCGCCGCAAAAGUCCUUAGAUUCCCAUUCUGUAGAGAAUGAGGGUACAGCAGGCUCUUCUGGCGGCAAAGAUUUUAAGGACCUGAACUGUAUAGAGAUGAUGGAUGUCCUGACACGAGAUAUGGUCAAGUGGCAGAACCAGUAUACCUGACGGCAGCGUUUUGUUUCAGUAGGUCCAUCAUGAUGAGAUGAAAGGGACCGACGCUCGAUUUCUUAUUUAAGGCGUUUACGGUUAGGAGCAUCAAAUGGCGUCACUAGCAUCUGCAGCAGAUGCAACAGGCAAAGUUGUAUGAGCUUGUCUAUAAUCUGUGGUCAAUAUUAUUCUUUCUAUGGAACCGCUUCAGGAGGCGAAGCUGUUGUUCCGGCUGCCUUUCUAUAUAUACCCUAGUAUGGCCCGAGGGUUCGGACAUUGGUGUCUUUUUACAAUUUGAGAGACAUGGAGGAGGACAACUCGAAUCAAGUUUGCCAUGAGAUGACAGAAUUGGCUUGAAUAGUGUACAAUGAGUAUGCUCUAGUAUACAACGUAUAGUACAUAAAUGAAUUCCUGAGAAUGCUAGGCGCCUGCCCUCUCUUGUGCAAUUGCCUGUUUCUUCUGUUUCUUUGCUUGAUUUAGACUUAAAGGAGGGUUGUCUAUGGACUGCUGAUACUUCUCUGAUCC